AUGGUGCGCAAUACCCUAAACCUCGUCCUUUGCGCUCUUGACUCAUUUGAAGGCUUGUCACGUGUAGCUAAGGGGAAAACUGGUGCUGGUGGGUCGAAAAGCUCUGGGAGCGCGGGUUCUCGAAACCCUGAAGCUGGCGCGACUCCAUCUUUUCCUGAAGAUGACGAAGCUGAAGAAGAAGAUGCUGGUGCCCAGCUUAUUGGGCGGAAGAGGGGUAGGAGCGAAGCCACGACUGGUGUGGCUUCCGCCCCUACAUCUGUUGUGAUUCCCGCGGUUGGGAAAACGAGCAAGCUGCGCUCAUUAUACAAAUUUUCUCCUGAAAUCAAGAAGAAGACCCCUGAGAAGGGUGUCACGUUCAGUGAGGCUGCGGCGAAGAGGCCCAAGAUUACCAUCAAGUCCACUGACACUGCUGCUCAGGAUGCCGCGAAGGCUGCUGAGGCACAGCGAAAGGUGGAGGAGGGUCGGAAGAGAGAGGAAGAGAAGAAGAGGGAGGAGGAGGAGAAAAAGAAAGAGGAGGAGAGGAAAAGGAAGGCGGAGGAGGAGAGGGUGGCCGAAGCGGCGAAGAAGAGGGCCCUUGAGGAGUUGGAAAAAAAGAAGGCCAUGGAGCAGCCUGUUAAUGUUCAAGGCCCUGAGGUUACAAACCCUACCCACUCCGCUCCUGCCAUUACUUCUAAGGGUGCGGGUCGACAUGCUUCAAGCAGCGCGAGCUCUGGUGGUGCAGGGGGUUUUAACCCGAACGUGAUCGGGGCGAAGGAUACCGUCGGCGAUAUCUAUUAUAAGACUUAUAAUGAAGAAGAACGCGGCGAUGCUCCUCAUCAGGCCCCUUGGAGCUUAAAGCAGAAAGAUACAUUUCAUGAAUUUGCCCCUUGCCGCGAGUGGUUCUUGAAUUCGUUUACCCCUGCGGAAGUUAACCGGCAAAGGGCGAAACCCCAUGAAAUGUUAUAUCGCACCUUUAUACUUGGAGAGGCCAACGCUUGUGCUGCCAACCACCAGAUAGUCCGUGAAUGGCGAACGAUGGUUAGAGAGCGCGCCGAUUGGGAGGCUUAUCGUGAGCGCUCGUUAAAACGUAUUGCUGAGUUUGAAAAGUCCAAGGCUGCUCUUGGUGAGGAGAGAGCCAAAUUUGAAGCUGAUAAGAAGGCCGAAGCAUGGGGCCGCGAGGGCCUGCAAAAGAAACUUCAUAAUGUUGAAGAGCAACUGGCCAAAGAGAAGGCCGAGUUUAAACGUAUUUGUGCCCAAGACAACGAGCGCGCCUAUGCGGCUCGACAGAAGAUAGUUGAUCUUGAGGCUAAAGUUGCUGAUUUGACCUCGAAGGUAGAGGAGGCGCAGGGAGAGAAGGCUGCUAAGCAACAGGUGGAGGUUGAGUUGUCUGAGGUCAAGGUGCAGCUGUCUAACAAGGACAGAGAUCUCCAUGCCAAGGACGUUGAGAUUGCGGAGCUCAAACGUCGCUUGAACGAGCAAAUCGACAGAUGUGAGUCGUUGGAAAUCGACCUGGAGGCUGAGAGGGUUAAGGCUGCUACGGCUGAGGAGGCGCGCUCAAGGCAUCGUUGA